AUGGUAUCUGAAAUCCCAUUGUCAAGGACGGCUCUAGUCAAGGUCUCUCCUGGUCAAGCCGUUAUAACUACCCAGCCCAUGCCAGCUCUUCGACCAGGUUACAUGCUUGUCCAGACCAAGGCGGUUGCUUUGAACCCCGCCGACUGGACCGAUAUUGACUACAUCGGCCCCCCUGAUAUCCCCAACGAAGCUGUAUCCUUGAGUCAAAGCCGAUACGAAGGUUGUACUAUUGGCCUAGACUACGCAGGAAUUGUUGUGAAAGUCGAGCCAUUUGUUAACGUUACUGGGAAAUUAAAACCACGGACAUUCCAGCCUGGAGACCGUGUAUUUGGCUCCUCGCAUGGUUGCAACGCUUUUAAUAUCGAACAUGGAGCAUUUGCAGAUUACAUCGUUGUAAAAUCAGAUCUACAGAUGCACAUUCCCGACCAUAUGAACUUUGAAGACGCGGCAAGUUUGGGAGUCGGCGUGCUUUCGGCUGGAAUGGGCUUGUUUCACGCCAGUGGACAAGGGAUCCCGUCUGACUUAUCGAGUGAGGCAAUAGUACCUGGCGGUAAAAUUAAUGACAAAGGGUGGAUACUAGUGUAUGGGGGCUCGACUGCAACUGGAAGUAUUGCGAUACAACUUGCUAAAUUGGCCGGAUAUAAAGUUGUAACUACUUGCUCUCCGCGAAACUUUGACCUUGCUCAACGGCUAGGCGCUGACGCUGUUUUCGACUACAAAAGCCCAAAUGUAUCUUCUCUCAUAAGUAAAGCAACUUCGAAUACUCUCCGAUUUGCUUUUGACACCGUGGCCACGGAUCCGACAGCGGCAAUAUGUGCAAAUUCCUUUGCUCCCCCACUGAAAGGGGACUCGGGAGAAGUAGACAUGAACCCGGCAUUAUACGUGUGCCUCCUAUAUCCACAGCUCCCACAGAACACGCCAUUUGCGGUGGAGAAGCGUUUUUUUCUAGGUUACUCUUGCUGGGGUUAUGAAUAUUACUUUGAAGGAGAAAUCCUUCCUGCCUCGGCGGCGGAUCACGAUUUUGGUGUCGAAAUCACGCAUAUUGUGGAAAGGUUGCUCCAGAAAAAGGUGCUUAAAAAUCACCCAGUCAGUGUUAAUGAAAACGACACCCAAAAAGGAGGCUUGGAAGGAGUAUUGAUAGGAUUGGAUAAGUUGAGGAAAGGCGAGGUUAGCGGGAGGAAGCGCUUAUCGAUAAGGACAGGCGGACCUCGGCAAAACCAGCUUCUCCACACCGCGACGAGUAUCUUCUCCAUCCUCAGUGCGAACAGCUGCAAUCUCUUCGAACCAAUUCUUGACAAAACAUUAGACAUGGCCAACACUUUCAAGGGCUGGGUUGCCCACUCGGCCACUAGUCCGCUCACCUUCACUACGUUCCAGCCCAAGCCAUUCACGCCGACUGACAUCGAAAUCGCCGUGUCACACUGCGGUAUCUGCGGCACCGAUCUGCACACUUUGCGCUCCGGCUGGGGACAAACGGAUUACCCCUGUGUCCUGGGCCAUGAAAUCAUCGGGUCGGUGAUACAGAUGGGCUCCGCAGUGUCUCAUUCAAGCAAGUUCAGCCUAGGGGAUCGUGUUGGAAUCGGCGCGCAGAGCGGCGCCUGUCUGCGGGCUGAUUGCGAAGCGUGUGCCGACGGACAGGAAAACUACUGUUCGCGCAUUGUCGGAACGUAUAACGGGCGAUACGCUGACCGAAGCCGGUCCUGUGGUGGAUACGCGACUCGCUGGCGGGGUCCAGCGCAUUUUGUCUUCAAGAUUCCAGAUGCUUUGCCAUCGGCCGCUGCGGCGCCACUGCUGUGCGGUGGGGUGACGGUGUUUGCCCCCUUACGGAAAUACGGCGCAGGACCGGGCAAGUCAGUGGGUAUCGUGGGCAUUGGAGGAUUGGGCCAUUUGGGAAUUCUGCUGGCCAAAGCAAUGAGGUGUAGUCGCGUCGUAGCGAUCUCGCGAACGGGGAAGAAACGAAAGGACGCACUGGAUGAAAAGACCGGACUGGGGGCAGACUCCUUCAUUGCCACGGACGAGGAAGACAAAUGGGGCAGGGUACACGCCCGCACGUUGGAUCUGAUUAUCUGCACGGUCGAUGGAUAUGAAAUGCCCCUGGGCCAGUAUCUACGAUUGCUCAAGGUCGGAGGGACCUUUGUGCAGGUGGGAGCCCCCGAGGGACCACUACCCCAGCUCCAUGCGUGGUCCCUGAUCCAAAAGGGCAUUCAACUGACCGGAUCGAAUAUCGGAUCGCCGGAAGAUAUCCGGCAAAUGCUACAGCUGGCGGCCGAAAAGCGUGUUCUUCCGUGGGUCGAGCAAAGGCCGAUGCAUGAUGUCAAUAAUGCCCUGGCCGACAUGCAUGCUGGCAAGGCACGAUUUCGAUACGUAUUAGUUAAUGAUGCAGACUCGGCCAAGUUAUGA